CAUCAAUCCCUCUCUUCUCUUCCCUAUCCCUAUAGGAUGAUACCAAAAUAAUAUUGCAUCAUCCAUUGCAUAACCCUAGCUCGUGACUAUAUCUCUAUAUAUGUCCUCAUUCCUCCAUCUAUAUAAAUACACUACAAACCCUUCAACUUAAUUUAAGUGCACCACAAACACUAAACCACUAUUCUUCUCCUUCAAAGUAUACCAUUCAUCUUCUUCUUCAAACAAAUUUCAUCUUCUCUUGAAUCAUUCUGACCCUUGAUCUUUCAGUUUUUUGAGACUCGGGCAAAUUCUCAAGAUCCAAACACUUAAACAACUUUUAAUAGCGAAAAAAGAAGUUAAUUAUAUAGCGGUAUAUAAUUCUAUACGUACAUUUUUAAAAAGUGCGCAAAAAAAUACAUUGAGAUGGACCGUGUAUCGAAAUUGGCGUCGCAAAAGGCAGUAGUGAUCUUUAGCAAGAGUUCAUGUGGGAUAAGCCAUGCAAUUAAGAGGCUAUUUUAUGAGCAAGGGGUUGGUCCAGCAAUCUAUGAGCUAGAUGAAGAUAAGAGAGGGAAAGAAAUGGAAUGGGCUCUCAUAAGAUUAGGGUGUAACCCUAGUGUUCCAGCAGUGUUCAUUGGUGGCAAGUUUGUCGGUUCAGCCAAUAUAAUCAUGACCCUUCAUCUUAAUGGCUCACUCAAGAAAAUGCUUAGAGAUGCUGGUGCUCUUUGGCUUUAGAAAACUACAAAUAUGGAAGCUCACAUUCUAGUGCAAAUGCAAACAGCCAAAAACGGCUUCUUCUUUUUUUUUUAUAAUAUCAUAAUUAACCGAGCCCUCUUUUUUUUGUGAGACCCUGUGGCUUUAAGAAUAUGCAUUGUAUUAGAAUAAUAAUUUUUGUUACUUCCUAUAUACUAUAUGAUUUUUAGUUCUGGAU